AGUGGUGGCGCAUAAAAGCUUCCGUACUAUAUACAACCGUGGUGAAAGAGCAGAACCGGGGUGGUUUCGGUCUCAUUAUAUUACUCCAUGGUCAACAGUUGUCAACAGAUAUGUCAAAGCUGAAGGUUUCAACAUUUUGUUUUGUGUAAAUAAAAAAGAUUCAAAAAUGAAUGAAGAAUCUGGAUGUGAAUUGCAACAACUAGUGCAGGAAGAGGAGGGUGAGGAACGAUCAAGUCAAGGUGGAGAAGUAACACCUCCAUCAACUCCUGCAAGGUCAUCAAACCGACGAAAUAAAAAUGACGCACAAAAUUCUUCAAUUUCUCAGCAAACGCUAUGGGAAAAUAAUAUGCAAACAUCACCAGUAAUUAGUAAAGCAAGCUCAGGACAAGCAACAACUAGUCAAGGUUCAAUGGCUUCAGGUAGAGCUGUUAAUUCUUCAACACACACGAUUAAUCAAUCUCGACUAAUUUAUCUAAAUGAGAAAGAAAAACCAAAAGUAACUCGAACUGAGAUUCCAAGAAUAGGUAAACAACAUAAAGUACUUGUUUUCGCAUUGGUGUUGUCUUGUAAAGCCAAGGUUCCUUGCAAGCACCAUUGCUUUUUGUCAGAGGUACCCGAUGUAAGACGCAUGGAGCAAGCCCUGCUGCAGCUUCUGGAGGAUUUUCACAGUGGAAAUUUACGGGCGUUUGGUAAAGACUGCAGUAUGGAACAAAUGACUGAAAUACGAGAGCAACAAGAACGUUUAGCGAAACUUCACUUUGAAUUAGGACAAAGACAAGAUUUCGGUGGCGAUAAGUCUGGAUUUAGACAAUCGAGUUCCAAUAUGCGCCAUCUUUUACAUCGACUUCAGCAAUUAAGUGUUUGUAUUGAAAAGUUGCACAACAAAUCCUCUUAAAACUGACAUUUUUUUCAUAUUAACUUCUUUAAAAAUUGAGACUCAAUGCGUACAAAUUAAAGUUAAAAAUAUGUUAUUUGUAUUUAAAUUAUGGAAAAAUGAAAAUUUCUCUAUUAGAUAUAUGUAAUUUUUCAUUUAGUCAGUAAGAAAUUAAUAAAUUUUUAUCAAGUUUUA